AUGUUCAUCUUCAUCAAAUAUGGAGAUCAUCAGCAGUUUCUGGUCAAUACCAAUUGCUCUGUCCUUCUGUUGUUGCACUACAUCCGCUGUAAGAUGAGGUUGUCUAAAACAGACACCAUCGAUUUGUGUGAUGAAACAGGGACAAUGAAGUUGCUUUUCAUGAUGAAGACCCCUGAAGAAUAUGCCAGCAAAUUCCUUACACCUCGAAGCACCUACUACGUGUGUAGGGUGGAGCGUGGGGCACCAGGAACCCGAAUUGAGAAUUCCUACAGAGCUUUUGUGCCCCUCCUUAAGAAUCCAGGAUAUGAGCUAUUGGAUGCACUGCGCACACAAUGUGACCUCUUAGAGAGGAGUAGAGUGAAGAUGAUUAGAAUCCAAGAAGCGAAGAAGGUCGUUCAAAUUGAAUCCUCCGUGAACCUAUCAUCUAAAGCAGGACGAUCAGAGGAAGAGGGUUCCACUCCUCCUCCAACUCGUAGGGGUCCACUCCAUAAGACCAGAGCAGAUUUUCUUAGGAGGGAUAAACAUCGUUAACUAAAUAAACUGACCAAUUGA